AUACUUUUUGGAUUGUCCAACGGCUUUUGAUGUGGAGUCGAGCAGCGAUGGCAUCCUUUUUAUUGGGUUUAGGUAUAGGAGGUGCUCAUUAUUAUGUUUUACAUCAAGAUGUGUGGAAAAGCACUGAAAAUGUGCUCAACUUGUUUUCUCAUCAUUCGAGUCUUUUGUCUAGGGAAGAAGAGAAAGACAAUCUGUCCUACCCGUCCCAGGAAACUCUGGAACAUCAUUUGAGACAUAAAGCGGUAUCUUGGUGGAAUCGAAGCUUAGAUGCGUUGGAAGAUAGGCUUGUUCGUUUACCCGACUCUUUUCGACAACUAUCACAGGAUACCAAGGCAACUGUACAAAAAGUGACCGAAAGUUACAGAAACAAAUAAAAAACAAACCAACUUUUAUAAAGACACACAAGUUUCC